GUGAAAUUACCCCGCCCCUUGAUAAUGAAACCACCCUCAAAUGAAGCACUGGAUGGCCUGUCCAUACCAAAGAAGAUUGCUCCAUCGCUGUCGUUUCUGACCACUCUAUAUUAUAGGACAGCAGUUUUCGCCCUGCAAAAGAUCGUCAUACGGCCUAUCCUUUUCGUGCAAUGGCUUCUUGCAUAUAUCAAACCACCGGCAGUCCGGCCGGAUCUUGUGAAGACUUAUGGCAGUCAUCGACAUCUACCCAUUCGCAUCUUCUUCCCCAAAUCCUAUGACCCCAGGACCCCCCGUCGUCUUCCAACUCUCUUCACUAUUCAUGGAGGAGGAUUCGUCGUGGGCAAGCCCGAUGACAACGAUCAUUGGAACUCGAAAUUCGCAUCCACACAAUCCACAGUCGUUAUAGCCCUUAAUUAUUCCAAAGCCCCUGGUACACCAUUCCCCGGCCCCAUCUAUGAGCUUGAGGCUCUCUGCCUUGCUGUUCUCGACGACCCGGCUCUAUCUUUACACAUCGAUGUCUCACGCAUAGCCCUGCUCGGUUGGUCCGCCGGUGGGAAUCUGGCUCUGGCUGUCUCUCAGCUUCCGUCCAUCCAUGACCAUCUAAUUGCUGUCGUUGCUAUGUACCCUGUGGCGGACUUCUCUACAGAGGAUGCCCAAAAGGCCAACACGAGGCGGUAUAAGCCGUCUCUGGGUGGAUUUCGCGCGGCUCAAACUGACUACCUCCGCAACAUGGCACCUAUUUUCAAUUGGGCCUACUUGCCUUUCCAGCAGGAUCUGUGUGAUCCGUUGUUGAGUCCUGUUUUUGCAGCCAGAGAUGCGCUACCGCGGCGAGUAUUCGUGAUAGGUUGCGAGAUGGAUAUGCUGGCGCAUGAAGCGUGGCGGUUAGUAAGUAAGCUCGCUGAGCGGAAGGUUCCAGACCUGAAUGAGGCAGUAGGCCGGGAAGCGGUGGCAGACAAGCAAGGGCAGCUUGUUUUGGACGACGAAAGGUUUCACUGGGAGACACAACUUGGGGAGGGUAAUGAAAAGGCUACUUACAGAUGGCUGCUAGUGCCAGAUAUGAUUCACGGCUUCGAUCAACAAAUUGGCAGGAUGGUCAAGGAUCCCGGGUUGAUGGAAGAUGCAGGGGCAAGGACAAAAGAGUGCAUGCAGCUAAUCGGGGAUUGGGUAUUCCCAUCCCCAAGCUCAUGAACUCGGACAGAUUUUAUGGAAACUAUUACUCAAGAAAUUCGUGGAAAUGGAGGCUCUACAG